CCAUGAGUGAUCGUGAUCUGUUUGUGUGGUUUGUGGCUGGUGAGAGUGUUGGGUAGUUUGUUUGUUGCGAGAAGGGAUUUCAAAAUUGUGUAGGAAUUACGAGCACUAACAAGAAGGAAUGUCUUUCAGAGGCCGAGGAGGUGGAGGAGGCAGAGGUUUUCACAGUGGUGGAGGGAGAGGAGGUGGUGGAAGGUUUAGUGGUGGUCGAGGAGGAUUUGGUGGAAGAGGAGGUGGCUUUGAUCAAGGACCACCUGAAACGGUAAUACCAUUGGGAUAUUACAGUUAUCUUUGUCAGAAAGAUCUUGUAUGUAAAGUGGAAAUAGAAGACGUUCCAUAUUUCAAUGCUCCAAUCUACCUUGAAAAUAAGGAGUGUAUAGGAAAGAUUGAUGAAAUAUUUGGCAAUCUACAAGAUUAUUAUGUUUCAAUUAAACCAAAUGAAAAUGUUUCUGCUUCUUCUUUUGAAAAAAAGUUAAAGCUUUUUAUUGAUCCAGCCAAGCUCUUACCACUGAAGCGAUUCCUUCCACAGCCUCCAGGAGCUAAGCGUGGAGGAGGUGGUAGAGGUGGCCCUCGAGGGGGCAGAGGUAGAGGUGGUUUUGGAGGAAGAGGUGGGGGAGGCUUUGGCGGAAGAGGUGGAGGAGGUUUUGGAGGAAGAGGAGGAGGUGGUUUUGGGGGAAGAGGAGGGGGUGGUUUUGGGGGAAGAGGGGGAGGUAGGGGUUUUGGGAGAGGGGGAGGAGGAGGAGGAGGAGGAGGAUUCAACAGAGGGGGCGGAGGAAGAGAUAGUGGAGGAUUUAGGAAAAGUUUUGGGGGUGGUUUUAAAAAUUAAUGCUGUAAAACAAAAUAUUUGUUUUAUCUAUUGACUAUUUUCUGUGUACAUAUACUAUAAUUUUAUCAUUAUGGAUAAAGUUAUUUUAAUCAUUUCGAUAAAUAUAUUUUAUACAAAAAAUUGA